CACGUUUUCUUCUGGCUGUAAGCAUUGGUCCUCGAGAAUACCUGAUGAACAUCCAAGAGAGUGUAUUUUGAAGCGAUCGCCAAAAGAAGAUGAGGAUAUACUAGAUCGAACACUAGAUUGGGUGCAACGAGCAGUGAUUGGUCUCAAUCUAUGUCCUUUCGCGGAGAAACCUUUUCAAAAAAGGCAAAUGAAUUUGGAAGUUAUUCGUGGAACGGAUCAGGUAGAUAUCCUAGCGAAGGUAUUGGGGGAAUGUUUGGUCCGGGAAAAACAACCAGGUACUUGUACGUAUCUCGAUGUUCAAUGCUGAAAAUGAAAUCGUUGCUAUCAACUUUUCUAAUGAGCCCUACUCAUAUCAUGAAUAUAAUUUGCUGCGAAAGCCUUGAUGAUUUGUCCAGAUCUUUUCCCUUCGAAUUUCCUUUCAUUCCUUGAAGUUUACAAUAUGCUGCAGGACGGAGUCUUGGUUGACAAUGAUCUUGGUGGACGCAUCCAAAUCGCUCCUUUCCAUCCAUAUUUUGAGUUUGAAGGAUCAGGGGACAAUAUUGACAAUUUAACAAAUAGAAGCCCAUUCCCAAUAUUCCACAUUUUGCGAGAAGAGGAAGUUGGCGUAGCAGUAGAUGCCUUAAAUGGCGAUUCUGAAAAAGUAUGGAAACGAAAUGUCGAACUUCUGGAAGAGUUAGAGGAACAGCUAGGGAGAGAUAAGGCUACUAAAGUUCUAAGUGGAGAGGAGCCAGAUAUCAUAACUAGUAAAAAAGUCAAAGAGGUGCUUAAAAUGAUGAAGAAAAACAGACCUAUAUAGUGAAUAUAUAACACUCCUGUGGGUUCACACAAAAUGAAGGAAUAGUUCUGAAAUUCCAGCCUCAGAGACUUUAUCACCAUUCUGGUUCUGUUGCCAGACAGGAUUCUUGAAUAGAAUAUCAACUAGCAG